AUGCUCUGUUGUCGCCUUUGUGGAAUUCCGGAAAAACGUUUACUCCUUAGCUUUAUAUUUCGGUCGAAAGCAACAGAAAGUCAAUCAUCACAAGGAAUUUUAUACAAUAAAGAUAACAGAUUUGAAGAACCGUUGGAAUGUAAUGCGAAGGGCAUUAAUAAACAGGCUGAUUUGGAAAAAGCCAAUAAAGAUGUUUCGGCAUUUGUCUUCGGUGGGAUCAACGGAGGAAUUUAUUUGUCGUCCAAAAUCGAAGAAAUUAAAAAAGUGUUCCAAGUCGAAAGCGCCGUUGUGAGUCUUUUAUACGUCGAAGAAAUGAAUGUGAUUUUAGCGCUAUGUCAAGAUUCGAUGAUUUACCAGUUCAAAAUUACUGCUACCAAUAGCCUGGAAGAAAAAUACCGUGUAAUGGAGUUUUUAAAUAGAUUAUCUGCAUUGAAAUACAUCCGCGGAAAAGCAAAACUGAACGGAAAAUGGCCGCAAUUGCAAAUUAUUCUUCUUGAUGGUGGAAUAUUGGCAAUGUGUUCAGACACAGAUUUAUUUUCUAGAAUUUGGGAUUUAAAAACCGGCGAUAAUGGAUCGCUUCCGCUUCGAGCAGUUAAGGGUUAUUCAGCCAGCGAUACUAUAACUUGCAUUGCCUAUUCGAAAAGAAAAAGCAAAAUCGCAACAUGGAAGUAUCGAAUGGGUAAGGAAGACAAUUUAGCUGAAGAACGCUGGAAACUUCAAGAAGCUAUUGAAAUGGGCUCGGAGGUAAUGAUACUUUCAUGGAAUAAUAUAUCAAAUAUUCUCGCCAUAUCGACUCGACUCUCUACAACUAUUUUAAAAGAACAAGUCGUCUUAUCUGAAAUUAACAAAAAUCUUGUUCUUAUACAAAUGACUUCACGCAGUUUCUUGAUGAUUCGUAUUAAUCCAGCUGAACAGCAAGAACUCGUGUUAACUAUAAAUAUUAUAUUGUAUGACAUAAUCGAUUCACCGAGUACACCGAUAAAAGCACAAAUUUCCUCCAAUUUCGCAUGUUCGGUAACUUCAGCAAAAAUUUACGAAACCGAUAUCUAUUGCCUUGAAAUUGAAAAAAAGGUUACUGUGCGGACAUUUCAGAAAAGAGAAAAAAUCACUGAAUUUUGGUCUGAAUUUGAUCUCCAGGGAACGAUAAAAGAGAUUUUGUCGCUGCCAGAAAUGGAAGGUGAUGCAGUCAUGCUAGAGUUAAACAAUUCUUGGAUAUGUAUUCCGACCAGUAAUGGAUUUCUUCGCAUUUAUGAUCUCACCGGCCGGUAA